AGACGCUGGCUAUGAAAGGAUUGACUUUGAACUGUUUAGGGAAGAAAGAAGAAGCAUAUGAAUUUGUUCGUAAAGGACUCCGUAAUGAUGUAAAGAGUCACGUCUAUUGUCUUUAAACCAUCUAGAACACUUGUCUUCAAGUGCUGGAGGAGUCCCUGGAAGAAGGGGCUUUAUUUCAGGUGUAUGUUGGGGUUGGGGCCAAAGGGAUGCUUCCUGGAAAAGUACAAAAACCAAGCAACUCGAAAAAGGAAUUUUUGUGAAUUUUUCACUGUUUUACUGGCUUUAAAACUUUUCUUACCGUAAGAUGACCACAAGACUUUUUUUUGUAUUCCAAAUUCAAAUAGUGUAGACCUAUCUGAAUCCUCUUAGGCACGCAUUCCCUUUUUUCCUUUUUUCUUUUUUUUUUUUUUUAAAGCAGUAUCCGUAGAAUUAGCACUGACAAAAAGUAGCACCUCUUGCACUCAGCUGUAUUGUUGCAGCUCUACAGGGUCCCUUCAUGUCUCGAGCAAACUGUCUGCGGAAUUACUUUUCUAGUGAGCAGAAGCUUACCGAUAACGAAUUAAUUUCCGACAGACAUGGGAAGUUUGACACAGUAUUUUGGUUGUCAUCUUUUGAUAUUCUUAAGAAAUGGCAAAUGUCUUUUAGUACCACGCUUCAAGAGCAGCUGCCAAUCACAAUAUCACUGCCCAAAUAUCUGUUUCCUCUGAGGGUGAGGCUCCAGUGUGUGGGAAGAGUCAAGAGAAGAGAAUACAUAUUCUGUCCCAUGAGAAACUCAGAUUGAGGCUUUGCUUUCUAAUAAUAAAGAUUCGUUCUGCGUAAUUUCCAAGGGCUUGUGACCAGCUCUGGUGUUCUGAUGAAAGCUCGAUAACAUAUUGGCCCUCAGUACCACCUAAGAAGAGCUUGGGAAGUUCUCUGAAAUAAUAUUUACAUUCCCUCUGAAAUGAAGCAUCAAUGUCUUAAUGCCUGUCAGUUUGGUUAGACAGAGAAGCUGGGACUAGCCACUAAAAUCAUGUCCUUCUGGUAGCUGGUUUCAAGGAGCGCGGUACAUCUAUGUUUUGUUUUCUUGCAGUUAUGUUUGAAAGCAUUCUUGAUGUAUUUUGUCAUCUGUGCUUUUUAAAAAGUGUAUGGCAGAUGAUGAUUUAAGUAUAACUGGUCACCUUAAUAUUCCAUAAACAAAUCAGAACACUUCAAGUAAGUUUUACUUCCUCUGCAGUGUCACAUAGUUUCUCACCUUGAGGUUUGAAGGAAAAUAAAGUGUAAAACUGUUCAGAAACGUGGAAACAUUCUUCUCAAACUCCAGAUGAGCUCUGACCCAUUUUGAAUGUGAUUUGAACCAUGGUUUGGUUGGAGCUAUAUGCUUGCUUUGCUAUUUAGUGUUUCAGUAAGUGAUGCACUGUAGUUACAGUGCACUGUAGUUACAGUGCACUAUAGGAACACGUGCAAGACUGGCCCAAGCUGGCUACUAUAAUAUAUUAGUAGUGUUGUGUUUUAUUGGCUUGUAUCAGCUGUUGUAUUUUCUUAUGCUUGAUUUCUGCUAUUGUGCAGACCUAUUUCCAAAGGGAUUUUUGCCUUUCUUUACUUGAUUGCUCGGUAAGGAGCGUGGUUAAUGAAGAUUUAAAACAGAUUACCACUUGGAUCUGGGAAUAGUAGCGAUACCCAAUAAAUUACUUGAAGCCUUAUCUUUGUUAAAUUACAAAUUCUUUUGCACUGAAUGGUCUUGCUCUGGGUAAGAAUCUAUAUUAUCAAUAGUUUAUUCUUGAGGCUGAUGUGUGUUGGUGCUGCAUUUAACUCUGAUCCAUGUCCUCAAUACUUGAACUCAAAUAGACAAGGUAGGAUUUAUAGGAAGUAGCUGUGGCAUUAGGCCAGCUAAUCUAACUGUAUCCAAAACUGUUUAUGCGCUCAUCUCUUCCCUUGAGUCUGAUGGCAGCAACAGCAGCUCUGCUAGCAGCCUCAAAGAUGAGCAUUAAGUUCUUGUUUUAUUCAUCAGACUGAAAUGGCUGGUGUUCCAGUAGAGACAGAAACCAGGGUCUCUUGCUUGUGUAUUACCUGCUUCCUUCAGACUGUUAAUUAUUACAACACUUCUGAUUGCGGACGUGUCCUUUGUGAUUCAUAAUUACAAACUUGCUUUCUGUCUUGAUGUCUAGAACUUAAGGACUUCAGUCUUUCUAAGGAGGAACUUACCUUUGUACUACUUUGAUUCUUUGUUCAAGUUAAUGCCUUGAAUUUUCUUGCUGUGCUUUUCCAACUUAGUUGUUUCAGAACAAUUGCAUCUUUAGAGGGAACAGUUGCUUCUGUUUCAGCUCAGUACAGUGAGAAAUCUUAAAUGUUUUUUUUUUUUCCCUCUGUUAGCUGUGUGAACUAUUUUUGUCAUUUUAACUGGAAAAUGGAUUAAGGAUGCCUAUACCUCUUCACAACUGGAUUUAGCUGGUUCAGAGGCACAUUGGAGAGCCUCGUGAGAGAACUUAGAAGCCACUUUUGAUUUGAAUAUGUUCAGAAUUACUGCUGUAAUUCUCAAUCAAGCAAUACCUUUGUUGAUGUAACUCUAGGAAACUGUUGUAAAAACACAGUAUAAUGUGUUGCUAUGAUGCCACUUGGUUUCAUGUUUUGAACUCAAAAUCUUUCCAAUCUUUCAGUUGUAUUUUUUUUUUCCUAAGAAAAAAUAGUUUAAAAGGAUGCUUGGGGAGAGAAGUCUACUGAAAUGUGAAAUGACGCACUGAUGGAAGUCUGAGAUUCUGAGAAUCUGGUUGGCACGUCUAUGGUCUUUUGCAGCGAUCUGAUAAGAAAUACGAUGAAGCCAUCAAGUGCUACCGGAAUGCACUCAAGUUAGAUAAAGAUAAUCUGCAGAUCUUGAGAGAUCUCUCUCUGUUGCAGAUUCAAAUGAGGGAUUUAGAAGGAUAUAGGGAGACAAGAUACCAGUUACUUCAGCUGCGCCCCACACAACGAGCUUCCUGGAUUGGAUAUGCAAUUGCAUACCACUUACUUAAAGAUUAUGAUAUGGCCUUAAAACUACUUGAAGAGUUUAGAAAAACCCAGCAGAUUCCUCCAAAUAAAAUAGAUUAUGAAUACAGUGAACUGAUUUUAUAUCAAAAUCAAGUGAUGAGAGAGGCAGAUCUGUUUCAGGAGUCUCUAGAACAUAUAGAGACAUACGAAAAGCAAAUAUGUGAUAAACUAAUAGUAGAAGAAAUCAAAGGAGAAAUGCUGUUGAAGUUGGGAAGACUAAAAGAAGCUGGUGAAGUAUACAAAGAGUUAAUUGAGCGCAAUGCAGAAAACUGGUAUUAUUAUGAAGGCCUGGAAAAGUCCCUGCAACCUAGCACUUUAGAAGAGAGGCUUCAGAUUUAUGAAGAAGUUAGUAAAAGGCAUCCCAGAGCAGUUUCACCUAGAAGAUUACCUUUAAACUUUGUUUCAGGUGAAAAAUUUAGAGAACUAAUGGAUAAGUUCCUGAGGGUUAACUUCAGUAAAGGCUGCCCACCCUUGUUUACCACUUUGAAAUCUUUAUAUUACAAUCCAGAAAAGGUCUCUACAAUCCAAGAACUUGUUACUGGUUAUGAAGCCUCUCUGAGAACUUGUGACCUUUUUGGUCCAUGUGAAAACGGAGAGAGAGAGCCCCCAACGACGCUACUCUGGGUUCGGUAUUUCCUGGCACAGCACUUUGACAAACUUGGCCAGUGUUCUUUGGCCUUGGAUUACAUUAAUGCCGCAAUUGCAAGCACUCCAACAUUAAUAGAACUAUUCUAUUUAAAAGCAAAAAUUUACAAGCAUGUAGGUAACCUGAAGGAAGCUGCCAAAUGGAUGGAUGAAGCACAAUCUUUGGAUACUGCUGACAGAUUUAUCAAUUCUAAAUGUGCUAAAUACAUGCUGCGAGCAAAUAUGGUGAAGGAUGCAGAGGAGAUGUGUUCUAAAUUCACUAGGGAAGGGACUUCGGCUAUGGAAAACCUAAAUGAGAUGCAGUGUAUGUGGUUCCAGACUGAAUGUGCUGCAGCUUAUCAAAGGCUAGGGAAAUAUGGUGAUGCCUUGAAAAAAUGUCACGAAGUAGAAAGGCAUUUUUUUGAGAUAACGGAUGAUCAGUUUGACUUCCACACAUACUGCAUGAGAAAGAUGACUCUUCGUGCCUAUGUAGACCUUUUGAGAUUAGAAGAUGUGCUCAGGAAACAUGCCUUCUACUUCAAAGCUGCUCGAUCAGCAAUUGAAAUCUACUUGAAGCUUCAUGAUAAUCCUCUUACCAAUGAAAGCAAAGAACAAGAAGUGAAUUCAGAAAAUCUCUCAGCCAAAGAACUGAAGAAAAUGCUUAGCAAGCAAAGAAGAGCACAGAAGAAAGCAAAACUUGAAGAGGAAAGAAAGCAUGCAGAAAGAGAGCGACAACAAAAGAAUCAAAAGAAAAAGCGAGAUGAAGAGGAAGAAGAAACUAGUGGACCUAGGGAAGAACUAGUUCCUGAAAAACUGGAAAGGGCAGAGAAUCCAUUAGAAGAAGCCAUUAAGUUCCUUAUUCCACUUAAGAAUCUUAUUGGAGACAACAUAGACACACAUUUAUUAGCAUUUGAAAUAUACUUUAGAAAAGGAAAGUUUCUGUUAAUGUUACAGUCUGUCAAAAGAGCUUUUGCUAUCAACAGUAAUAACCCGUGGCUACACGAGUGCUUGAUAAAAUUCUCUAAAGCUGUGUCUGACCAUAGUAACCUCCCAGAAAUUGUGAGCAAGGUCCUAACUCAAGAAAUGCAGAAAAUCUUUGUCAAUAAAAAUUUGGAAAGUUUUAAUGAAGAGUUUCUCAAACACAAUGCUACCUCCAUUCAGCACCAACUUUCAGGUGCAAAAAUGAUGUAUUUUCUGGACAAAUCGAGGCAAGAAAAAGCAAUUGCUGUGGCUACUAGAUUGGAUAAAAACAUGAGAGACAAAAAUGUGAAGACAUUAACCAAGGUUUUCGAGGCGCUGCUUGACGGCAGUUUUGGAAGUUGCCACACUCAAUGUGAAGAAUAUCAAGCAGCGUGUCAUAAACUGUUUCCUUUUACAUCUGCCUUUAUGCCUGCCACAAACGAGGAUGAUAGUGGCAUUGCAUCUGUGAAUCAUACAGCCAUUAACCAUGACUUACUGUCUAAUGAAAUAUGAGGUAGCAUAUGCAAGCCCGUGUGUGUGCGCCUACAGAUCUACACACACGUACAAAACUCUGACUGUCAUUACAUGCUGGCUGGAUACGGAUCAGGGUUACUUUUCCAGGUUGUAUUUUAAUAUCUUUAACAGGUCUAAAAUGAAAUAUUUGGAUAGUUACAUGAAAUGGAGUAUACUAUUAGUUUUUUUUUUUUCCUCCCAACAAAAACUGCCAAUAUUUAUGUAAACAUUAUCUUUAAUCGGCAUUUUUCAUGUUUAUACUUGUACAGUUUUAAGUCUUUUAAUAAUCCAUCGGCCCUCCCUCACAAAAGGAAAAAUUAUGGAUGUUAGACUGCUUUCACAAGUGUCAUUACAUAUACAUACAAAUGUGAUCAUAUCUUGUUAAUAAAUUAUCUUCUGAGCAUUUUUAGCAGAUGAAGGCAGAAGUGCUGCUUGAAUUACCCUCUUCAUCUUUUACUGUUGUUCUUGGGAUUUUUUAAUUUUCUUUUUUUUUUAAUCUUUGCUCAGUUUGGUUUCUUUUGAAGCACAGUGAACGUUGGCGGUUUGCAUGUUUUUGUAAGGUGUGUGUCUUAUGGAACCAGUGAUGAUGGGUAUGAAGAUUAGGUUUGUGUAAAAACUGAGGUUUUUUUGAAAACUGUAUUCUAUCUACCUUGUGUUCCAUAACUAUUAUUUCUUAAGUUUAUGAUCAGUUUAACAUUUUCUGUUUGAGUAUUCUCAAGCAAUUCCCUGAAAAUGCAAUGAAUUUGAUACUGUUUGUUGUUGUUGUUUUUUUUGUUACUGUUCCAUCUUACCCUUCUUUCUCUCACUUCUGGUUUCUCCCCAUCUGUUCACUUACUGACACUUAAGUUAAAAAAGCUGCUCCAAUAUUGGGUAAAUGCAUAAGGUACAGUAAUGGGGGAUACAGUUCCUCUCUACAUCCUAAAAGUUCACUGCUAAGUUUACUGUAUUACCUCCAUUAAAAGUCUUAGUUGUGAAUUUACGGCCAACAUGCCAGUCCUUCUCAUGCCUAAAUACUAUUGCUUUAGGUGCUGCAAAGCAAGUAGUAUGUGAGGAGUGUGUUUUAUAUUUAAAAACUGUUCAAGGGAGCACAAAGAAGAUGACUACAAAUCACAACGAACCUUUUUCUUACUCUGUAUUCUGGUGCAUUAACUAUUAAAUAUACAACACAUGAGAAUGGAAGUUUGAAUCUAAUAUACCUAUUUAAAGCAUAAUGCUGGACAAAAUGGCUACAUACGACAGCUUUACAUUCUAUAAGAACUGCUAUCAAAAUAUAACUAUACUGUGGCUUGUACAGAAAAUCCAUUUUCUGGAAACUGUAAUGGAAUCAUUCAGUCGGUUUUGUUUUUAUUUCACUGCAAUGUAAAUAAUUUCAGUAAUAUUAACUAGCCCCUCUAAGGCAAAUAUGAAUUCAUGAAGAGGGGAUUUUAUUAAGACAAAUAAACUGUUCUAAUUAAAAUUCUCCUUUGUGUGUCAUCUAUUUAGAUUCAAAAUUGUUGAAUGGAAAACUCACUGUAAAAUAUUGCCAACAUAUGUUAUGCUGUAAUAAAUUAUUUUGUACACACUU